AUGGGUGGACCGCUCCAUACAGAGAGGAGGGGCCGGCACGUCCUGGGGCAGCGAGCCCCAGUGGCCCCACCGCGGGCCGCCUUCCCCCGGCCGCGCCAGCCCGGCGACGUGGGUCACUGUCGCCUCGGCGGGGCCGUGGCCAGGCUCCCCGGCUGUGACUCGGGGCCUGGGUUCAAACCGAGCAAGCCUGCGGUCCGGCCUUCCCGAGCCUGGACGGCGAUCGCGGUGGUCCCACCCUACCCGGGUGUCUUUAUGGACGCCGGGGACAGCGCGGUCCUGACUUGCCUACAGGCAGGGCGCACGGAGGCCAAUCGGCUGACCCCGGAGCGGGAAGGGCGGCUCCCGGUGGACCAGUUGGACGCCCUGGAGAAGCACACGCAGUGCGGCAUCGACGUCGUGGAGAAGUACGUCAAGUUCGUGAAAGAGCGGGCGGAGAUUGAGCUCAGCUACGCCAAGCAGCUCAGGAAUCUUUCGAAGAAAUACCAACCAAAGAAGAGCUCCAAGGAGGAGGAAGAAUACAGGUACACGUCAUGCCGAGCCUUCCUGUCCACCCUACACGAGACCAGUGACUACGCCGGGCAGCACGAGGUCAUCUCGGAGAACAUGACGGCGCAGAUCCUGGUGGACCUGGCCCGCUAUGUGCAGGAGCUAAAGCAGGAGCGGAAAGCGAACUUCCAUGACGGGCGGAAAGCGCAGCAGCACAUCGAGACUUGCUGGAAGCAGCUCGAAUCUAGCAAGCGGCGGUUCGAGCGGGACUGCAAGGAGGCGGAGCGGGCGCAGCAGUACUUCGAGAAGAUGGACGCGGACAUCAACGUCACCAAGGCUGACGUGGAGAAGGCGCGGCAGCAGGCUCAGAUCCGACACCAGAUGGCGGAGGACAGCAGGGCCGACUACUCCUCCACCCUGCAGAAGUUCAACCAGGAGCAGCACGAGUUUUACCACACACACAUCCCCAGCAUCUUCCAGAAAAUCCAGGAGAUGGAGGAGCGGCGGAUCGUGAAGAUGGGUGCAUGCAUGAAGACCUACGCUGAGGUGGACCGGCAGGUGAUCCCCAUCAUCGGCAGGUGCCUGGAUGGCAUCGUGACAGCGGCCGACGCCAUCGACCAGAAGAGUGAUUCACAGCUGGUGAUUGAAGCUUAUAAGUCAGGCUUCGAGCCUCCGGGGGACAUCGAGUUUGAGGAUUACACCCAGCCCAUGAAGCGCACCGUGUCGGACAACAGCCUGUCCAACCCGCGCGGGGAUGGCAAGCUCGAGCUCAAGUUCGGUGGCAAAUCCAAAGGGAAGUUGUGGCCAUUCAUCAAAAAGAACAAGCCCCCCCCUCCGCCCCCCACCUCCGCCUCACCCUCUGCUGUUCCCAACGGCCCCCAGUCUCCCAAGCAGCCAAAGGAGCCCCUCUCCCACCGCUUCAACGAGUUCAUGACCUCCAAACCCAAAAUGCACUGCUUCAGGAGCCUAAAGCGAGGGCUCUCUCUCAAGCUGGGGGCCGCGCCUGAGGACUUCAGCAACCUCCCGCCCGAGCAGAGGAGGAAGAAGCUGCAGCAGAAGGUGGAUGAGCUGAACAAGGAGAUCCAGAAGGAGAUGGAUCAGAGAGACGCCAUAACCAAGAUGAAAGACGUCUACCUGAAGAACCCGCAGAUGGGAGACCCGGCCAGCCUGGACCACAAGCUUGCGGAGGUCACCCAGAAUGCCGAGAGGCUGCGGCUUGAGGCUCAGAAAUUUGAGACCUGGCUGGCGGAGGUGGAGGGCCGCCUCCCUGGGCGAGGCGACCAGGUGCGCAGGCAGAGCGGGAUGUUCGAAGGCCAGCAGCCGCCGGCCACACACAACUGCGCCCAGGACCGCGAGAGCCCGGAUGGCAGCUACACGGAGGAGCAGAGCCAGGAGAACGAAGUCAAGGUGCUGGCCACAGACUUCGACGAUGAGUUUGAGGACGAGGAGCCGCUGCCAGCCAUUGGGACCUGCAAGGCCCUCUACACAUUUGAAGGUCAGAACGAAGGAACCAUCUCGGUGGCUGAAGGGGAAACGCUGUACGUCAUCGAGGAGGACAAAGGGGACGGGUGGACGCGCAUCCGGAGGAGGGAGGACGAGGAGGGCUACGUGCCCACCUCGUACGUCGAGGUCUAUUUGGACAAAAACGCCAAAGGUGCCAAGACUUACAUUUAAUAUUGCUUACAACACAUUCCCCAGAGCGCUGGCGCUGCCUCCCCGUGCCCGUGGCUGUUCAGGCAGUUCCUCAACAGGCGCGGAGGACGCAGCCGGGUGGCCGUCAGGUGGCCAGCAGAGCACGCACACAGCGAGCCGCCCGCUGCGCGGACGGUGGUGGCACCCGCAGCCCGGCACACAGCAGCGCCUGUCGCUAACACUCAGCUGCCUUCGGCUUCUGACGAGGUUUCUCGGAGAAAUGCCCUCCUGGCCCGGGGCUGCAGCAUCCUGCCGCCGCCCCCCGCCCCCUCCGUCCCCUCACGAAUUGGAGCGUGCUAGUGUGCUGAGCUCUUGGGCCGUGGCAGGGCGGAAGUCACAGACAGCCACAGCAGCCUCCCCCACGCCGAGGAAGGAAGGAGGAGGGCGCUUCCUCUGUGGGUGCAGGGUUUCACCGCAGUGUGCUACCCGCUGUGAGGGCCGUGUGGCAUCACCCUCCUGUGUCCCUGUGGUCCCCAACAGCCUGAGGGAGUCUGGGAAAGUGUGGUCAAGUAGUCCGUUGGAAUCGGGCGCCCAGUGCCACCUCUGGUCCCAGCUGCUCAGGAGGCUGAGGCAGGAGGACUGCACACUGGAGGAGCAGCCUGGGUGCGCGAGACCCAGUCUCAGGAAACUGAGCAGCUGACAAUGAGCGGUUGGUGCUGAUGCGGCCCUGCCCAACCCAGCGCUGGAGGGAGAGGAGCUCGCUGUCCCAGGCGUGCCACGCUCAUCCAGAGCUGGGGCGGGG